AUGAAGUGGUUACUUGCCAGCGGACUGGUCUCGCUUCUUGCGACGACUAUCACAGCUUGGCCCUACGAUGAGGCUUAUCUGGAUCAUAACCUCAAUACAAACAAGACAGCCACCAACCCGGCAGACUACUGGGGAACAUGGGCUGGCCACGAGGGGAAAUACAACCCCUCCCCGGACAACUGGCGCUUCCCGUUCUACUCUCUCUUCCUGGAUCGUUUCGUGAAUGGCGAUCCUUCCAAUGAUAACAUCAACGGUACCACCUUCGAGCAUGAUGUUGAUCAUCGCAUCCGACAUGGUGGCGAUGUCGCUGGUCUAGUUGAUACACUGGAUUAUCUCCAAGGAAUGGGAAUCAAGGGUAUUUAUAUUGCAGGUACCUCCUUGCUGAACCAGCCGUGGACCUCGGACGGAUAUGGAGUGUUGGAUACAACGAUUCUUGACGCGCAUUAUGGCACUAUCCAGACUUGGCGAGAUGCCAUCACUGAAAUCCACAAGCGCGGCAUGUAUGUCUUGUUCGACAAUACCAUUGCGACAAUGGGUGAUUUGAUUGGAUUUGAAGGCCAUCUGAACACGUCGACUCCAUUCUCAGAGAAAGAAUAUCAAACAGUAUGGAAGAGUGACCGCCGCUACAAAGACUUCGACAUUGGAGUUGGCGACUACAACCAGAGCUGUGACUACCCACGGUUCUGGUUCGAAAAUGGAUACCCCGUGCCUCAAUCGGACCUCUCGGGCUUGGUUGGAUGUUUCGACAGCGACUUCGACCAGUACGGUGACAUUGAGGCUUUCGGUGUGUGGCCCGAUUGGAAGCGACAACUGGCCAAGUUCGCCUCCGUCCAGGAUCGUCUCCGCGAAUGGAAUCCGAGUGUGCGCGAAAGGUUGAUCCGGCACUCCUGCAUGAUCAUUCAGUCUUUGGAUAUUGAUGGUUUCCGUUAUGAUAAGGGUACUCAAGCCACCGUGGAUGCCCUUGGAGAUAUGUCCGCUGCCUAUCGAGAAUGCGCGCGCGCGGUCGGAAAGGAAAACUUCUUUAUCACUGGUGAAAUCACAGGUGGAAAUGAAUUUGGUGCUAUUUACCUCGGAAGGGGCAGACAGCCCAACCAGUGGCCUGAGGAUUCAACCGCCACAAUGAAGUUGACAAAUGAGUCCUCUGCCCAGUAUUUCUUGCGCGAGGCGGGACAUGAAGCAAUCGACAGUGCGGCCUUCCACUACACUACAUAUCGUGCCUUGACUCGAUUCCUCGGCAUGGACGGGCAACUUUCUGCUGGCUUCGAUGCGCCUGAUGACUGGGUUACGGGCUGGGACUAUAUGUUGAGAUCAAAUGAUUUGAUUAAUGCUAACACCGGCAAGUUUGACCCUCGACACAUGUUUGGUGCGACGAAUCAAGAUGUGUUCCGUUGGCCAUCGAUUGCCAACGGUACCCAUCGACAGUUACUCGGUUCUUUCGUGACUACGUUGCUGCUCCCCGGAAUCCCACUUCUUCUUUGGGGAGAAGAGCAGAACUUCUAUGUCUUGGAUGCCACCGCAGAAAACUACAUCUAUGGGCGACAGUCGAUGUCGCCUGCAACUGCCUGGAUGACCCAUGGCUGCUUCCACUUGACGUCAUCCCAGUACUAUAAGUGGCCUGUUCUGGCCGCUAAACACGGCUGCGAGGACCCAACAGUUGCAUACGACCACCGUGACCCUUCCCACCCUGUACGAAAUAUCAUGAAACAGAUGUACCACCUGCGCGAACAAUACCCUGUUCUCAACGAUGGCUAUUCCCUUGGCAGUUUGUCAAAGAGAACCGAGUGGAUUCUCUACCCUGGUUCCAAUGCCACGAAGACGGAGACCGGCAUGUGGUCCGUUUACAGGGAUGUCAACACCCAGGUGCAAGAUUUGGGCUCUAAUGCCAACAACCAACCAGUCUGGCUUGUUUAUCAAAACCGCAAGGACACAAGGACAUACAAGUUCGACUGUGAAUCCACAAAUACGAACGAGACACUGAUUGCUCCAUUCGCAACCGGUACCACGGUCAAGAACCUUUUCUACCCGUACGACGAGAUCAAACUGGAGGAUGGAGCGAUCAAGCGCGGCUUCAAUGGGUCGAAGGAGGUCAAUGGCUGCGUGAAAAGCAUGACAAUGAAGGCAUAUGAGUUCCGUGCAUACGUCCCUAUCGAGGUGCACAAGUCACCUCGCCCCAUGAUCACCAAAUUCACCCCGGGCCAUGAUUACCCACUGCGUUCUACCGUGAAGCCCAAUCUUCCCGAGGACGUGACGAUUGAGCUUUACUUCUCGGAAGAAAUGCUCUGUGACUCGGUGACUGAGGGAAUUACCUUGCAUUCAUCCACAGAGACUGGGAAGGUUCCAACUCUAGAUGCCAAAACUGUCGAUUGCAAAAAGAUUUCUCCUAUGCUCCAAACAAAUUGGACUGCUGAGAUCCCGAGCGUUUGGAAGUGGACAGCAAACCUCACUGGAGUGUACAACGGAGUUCACAAGUUGACUGUCAGCAACGUAACUAACUCCGACAAGAGCUCUAAAACCCACGCCGUUGAUCACUUCCUCUUCCGUGUCGGCCAGAUUGAUAACCCUAUGGUAUUCACUACUGCCAACUACUCGAGCAGUCUACUCCACAAGUGGUCAAACAACACCCUUUUCAUCCAGCAUCACGCCGCCGGCGCGGACAAAUACCGUUACACUACCAAUUGGGGAUCAUCAUAUUCCGACUGGGUAGACUACAAAGGUGGAAAUGAUACCAUUGCCAGGCUCCCAUGGUCUGGAACCAAGGAACAGGAGUGGGAUGGUGAACAUAUACGUGUUGAGUACUGGAGUCGUUUGACCGGAAGCAGCGACUACGUGCAGCAAGGUGACGUUGACUGGAAUCACCCAGUCACACGGCGUUUCCCUCAUGCUCACUUCAACGGGCCUUACAAUCAGUAUGGAUUUGACGGAGGCCUCGACAACAAAAUCAGGCUUGACCACAAAACCGGAGUCUGGUCCUUCCAUUUCACGUCCGAAUGGCCCGCAGUCGGGCAGCUCAACAUCUGGGGAAUCAAUCCCGACGGAGAGCCUGAUCAAACCUGGGUUUUGGGAGACACCGACAAUGAUACAAUCCUGGAUCGAAGCCCACCGUCCUCUCUGAGCGCGACCUUGAUCAAUAUUACCCAAGCGCCAGCCAAAGGAUAUCUCGCCCACAAGCUCUACUUUGACGACGGAUCUCUCCGUUUCUGGCUUGUUCCGGUUGGACCUCAGUCAACGCAGAUUAUCAUGUUCGUGUUGUUUUGGAUCAUCCCCUUCAUCACUGCCGUGGGAUGUGUCUACAUCUUCAUGAAGUCCUUCUACAAGGUCAAAUUCAACCAAGUCGGUGUGAGCGAGAAGCAAAGCUUUAUUCCUCUUGCACUUUGGACCAAGUUCAAAGACUCCCGUUCUCGUAGGGAUGCGUCAAACCCGUUGUCACGCUUGGCCAACAAAUCCGGCUUCAUGCAGAGCACCACCGCUUUGGGUGGAGCUCUUGCGGCCGGCGAGCGACGCAUGGUUCUAAUCGCCACCAUGGAGUACGACAUCGAGGAUUGGGCCAUCAAAAUCAAGAUCGGUGGUCUCGGUGUCAUGGCUCAACUCAUGGGCAAGACCCUAGGUCACCAAGACCUAAUUUGGGUCGUUCCUUGCGUUGGAGGUGUCGAUUACCCAGUGGACCAGAUGGCAGAGCCGAUGGAAGUUACUAUUCUCGGCAGCCCCUACCAGGUUCAAGUCCAGUACCACGUCUUGAACAAUAUUACCUACGUCCUGCUUGAUGCUCCAGUGUUCCGUCAACAGUCGAAGACCGAACCCUACCCUGCUCGCAUGGAUGAUCUUGACAGUGCAGUGUACUAUUCAGCAUGGAACCAGUGUAUCGCGGAAGCCAUCAAGCGAUUCCCAAUUGACGCCUACCACAUCAACGAUUACCACGGUUCUCUCGCACCUCUUUACUUGCUACCAAGAACUAUCCCCGCUUGUCUUUCGUUGCACAAUGCUGAGUUCCAGGGUCUCUGGCCUAUGCGAACUAUCAAGGAAAAAGAAGAGGUUUGCUCCGUCUUUAACCUUGACGAAGAGGUCGCUCGUCGUUACGUCCAAUUCGGUGAAGUGUUCAACUUGCUACACGCCGGUGCAAGUUAUCUCCGUGUCCACCAAAACGGUUUCGGUGCCGUCGGUGUCUCUAAGAAGUACGGCAAACGGUCCUACGCUCGCUAUCCUAUCUUCUGGGGUCUCCACAAGGUCGGCAAUCUGCCUAACCCUGAUCCAUCUGACGUCGGUGAGUGGACAAAGGAGCCCACUAAAGAGCAAGAUAUCACUGUGGAUACAAACUACGAGGCUGGCCGUGGUGAGCUUAAGAGGCAGGCCCAGGAAUGGGCAGGCCUUGACCAAAACCCCGAUGCCGACCUGCUUGUCUUCGUCGGUCGUUGGUCUAUGCAAAAGGGUGUUGAUCUUAUUGCGGACGCAAUGCCUGGUGUUAUCGAAUCUCGCCCCAACGUGCAAUUGAUUUGCAUUGGCCCCGUUAUCGAUCUCUACGGUAAAUUCGCCGCCCUCAAGCUUGACCACAUGAUGAAAAUCUAUCCCGGACGAGUCUUCUCGAAGCCUGAAUUCACUGCACUUCCUCCAUUCAUCUUCUCUGGUGCUGAGUUCGCCCUGAUCCCCUCUCGUGACGAGCCCUUCGGAUUGGUUGCCGUGGAGUUCGGCCGAAAGGGUGCAUUGGGUAUCGGAGCCCGUGUUGGUGGUCUUGGUCAAAUGCCAGGUUGGUGGUACAAUGUGGAAUCAAUCUCGACGUCUCAUCUCCUCAUGCAAUUCAAGCUUGCAAUUGAGGCUGCGCUCAAUUCCAAGACAUCCGUUCGUGCCAUGAUGCGUGCCAGAUCUGCGAAACAGCGUUUCCCCGUCGCUCAAUGGGUUGAGGAUCUUGAGAUCUUGCAAUCUACUGCCAUCGCGAUUCACGAAAAGGUGGCCAAGAACCAGGGUACCAGCAGCACCCGACCUGGUACUUCUUCUGGAAUUAGCAGUCUUGGUGGAGCCAUGUCGUCUGUGACCAGCUUACCCGGCGGACUCCUUUCACCCGGCAUGAACUCUCCCUUCACGCAUUCCAGGGACAGCAGCUACUCCUUCAAUCAAAUGAACAACCUUACCCCACAAAAGAAGGUCAGCUACAGCGCAGAUCCAAGCCCGGACGAUGUCGAGAAACCCAAGUCAGGACUGAGUCGUUCUCUAUCCCUGGGUGUCCGCUCAGGCCCCGGUCACGCUGGACGUCGUCGCAGAAGAGCAGGAGAUGAUAUCGCAGAAGGCGACGAGCAUGGAGCCACUGAUGUCGAAGGUGAUAGCAGCGACGAGGACACUGCCCACAACAUGUAUGCAGAUGAUGACGAAUACACUCUCACUCCUGCCCAAGUUGAGGCGGGACGACGAGCUCAGGCUGCUCAGAAGGACCGUUCUCAAAACAUACCUUCUUCUCCAAGCAGACGCCUCAGUCAAGAGUCUUUGCAUCCCAGGUUCAUGGUUCCUUUGGAAAGCCCGGGAAGUCCCGGAACACCACCGAGCGCUGAAAGCCUCCUUCUUCCUCCGCAGCCAUUUGGCCAGUCCAACCGUUUCAGUUCCGCAUCCGUUCUCUCUCUGGACUCUGUCGUCGGCAACAAGACCGAUUUCAAGCUACAGAAGGUUGAUCCUUUCUUCACGGAUAGCACCGGCGAGUACUACAAGACGUUCGACAAGAGAUUGGAUGCUCUGAACGGAUCUAACUCCGAGUCGCAACUUUGUAUCGAAGAGUUCUUGAUCAAGAGUGAGCAACAGUGGUUCGACAGGUUCCGCAAUGCCAGACUGGGUCGCACCAAAUCUCCCACACCAUCGAUUCGCCAUUCUUCCCGAAACACAGACACCCCGGACAAUAUGUUCUACAAUGAUGACAUGGUCUCCAAUGCGAACAGCAACGAAGACAUUCCUCUGCAAGAUGAUGAGUUCCUGCUCGGAAAGGACUAUGUCCCUCCCACUGGACUCAAGAAAUGGAUGCAGAUCAAGAUUGGAGAUUGGCCGGUCUACUCCAUCUUCCUCGCUCUGGGUCAAAUUAUCGCUGCAAACUCCUACCAGAUCACCCUACUCACAGGUGAAGUUGGUCAGACUGCGGAGAAGUUGUAUGGAAUUGCCACAACAUAUGCCAUUACAUCCAUUUGCUGGUGGCUCGUGUACCGGUACUUCAAGUCUGUCGUUUGUCUUUCUACUCCUUGGUUCUUCUACGGUCUUGCAUUCCUCAUGAUUGGAUCUGCUCAUUGGCAAAAAGAUGAGUUCAGUCGUGGAUGGAUCCAAAAUGUGGGUACCGGUUUCUACGCCGCGGCCUCCUCCAGUGGAUCCAUUUUCUUCGCUUCCAACUUCGGUGACGAGGGAGGUGCUCCCGUUGAAACCUGGAUUUUCCGUGCCUGUGUGAUUCAAGGUAUCCAGCAGGCGUACGUUAUUGCGCUCUGGUACUGGGGUUCCACCAUGACCAAGGCUUCUUCAGCGGGUCUCUUGAACCCCGAGAACAACAUUGCCAACAGCUGGAAAAUGAGUGCGAUCUGUUAUCCCAUCGCCAUCUUCCUGUGUGCCGUUGGUGUUUUGUUGGCUAUGGGACUUCCCAACUACUACCGCCAGAAGCCCGGCAAGGUGCCAUCCUUCUACAAGUCCCUUUUCCGGAGAAAGAUCGUAUCCUGGAACUUCGUUGCGGUCAUCCUACAGAACUUCUUCCUCAGCGCGCCCUAUGGUCGUAACUGGAGCUUCCUAUGGGGUUCCAUCCACACCCACGCAUGGCAGAUCGUCAUCCUCUGUAUUGUGUUCUUCGGCGUCGUCUGGUGCAUCUUCCUCUUCGUCGUCAGCAAAUUCUCCAAGAAGCACAGUUGGUUCCUUCCCGUCUUCGCCUGCGGCCUAGGCGCACCCCGCUUCAUCCAAAUCUGGUGGGCUAUCUCCGGCAUCGGAUACUAUCUCCCCUGGGUUGGGGGAUACACUUCCGGUGCGCUCGUGUCUCGCAGUCUCUGGCUGUGGCUGGGCGUGUUGGAUUCCAUCCAAGGUCUUGGAUUCGGUAUCAUCCUUCUGCAAACACUCACUCGAGUCCACAUGUGUUUCGCUCUCAUUGCAUCACAGGUGCUGGGUUCCAUUGCGACUAUCUGUGCCCGAGCCUUCGGCCCUAACAAUACGGGCCCCGGCCCGAUUUCUCCUGACAUGACCAGGGGCGCCGAUUCCUUGGCUAAUGCCUGGUUUUGGGUUGCUUUGUUCUGUCAGUUGUUGGUCUGUGCUGGCUUCUUGCUGUUCUUCCGUAAGGAACAACUCGCCAAACCAUAA